CUCAGGAUGGAUCCACUGGCAAAGAAGAUCUUUAAAGGAGUUUUAGUAGCUGAACUUGUGGACAUUUGUUGGAGCAUAUUUCUUUUUUUUUAUAAGAUGAACACAAGGCAAGAUUUCAGGCAAAACAUGAGCAAGAAAUUCCCCUUCAUCUUGGAAGUUUAUUACAAAUCCACUGAACACUCUGGAACGUAUGGAAUCAGAGAGCAAGAUCAAGAAAAGUGGCUGAACAGCAAAAAUUAG